GCCAAAACGGACAUAAAGGUCUCGUGAAACAAAAUCCAGUAGCGGCAAUUCUUACGGUUGGAGUUGGAGUUGGAGUUUGGCGCUUCAAAACUAACGAUCGCUUGGCUCAAUCCUUCCCAGAGAUUAGAGCGAUGGAGGAUCGCAAGGAAUCUAAAGCUUCGGAAUUUGGUGGCGCCGAGAGACCAGUUCGUGUGUACGCCGAUGGAAUUUACGAUCUUUUUCACUUCGGUCAUGCUCGUUCCCUCGAGCAAGCCAAGAAACUGUUUCCAAGCACUUAUCUCCUUGUUGGAUGCUGCAAUGAUGAGGUCACUAACAAAUAUAAAGGCAGAACCGUUAUGACUGAGAGAGAACGCUACGAGUCUCUUCGACACUGCAGGUGGGUUGACGAAGUUAUUCCAGAUGCGCCUUGGGUAAUGACAAAGGAAUUCCUUGACAAGCAUCAAAUUGACUAUGUGGCACAUGAUUCUCUUCCUUAUGCUGAUGCAAGCGGAGCUGGAGAGGAUGUCUAUGAAUAUGUUAAGUCAGUUGGAAAAUUUAAGGAAACAAAGCGGACUGACGGGAUUUCUACUUCAGAUAUUAUCAUGAGAAUUAUCAAAGGUUAUAACCAGUACAUUAUUCGUAAUCUGGACCGUGGUUAUUCAAGAAGAGAGCUAGGUGUCAGCUAUGUGAAGGAGAAGAGGCUAAGAAUGAACAUGGGACUUAAAAGGUUGCGCGAGAAAGUGAAGAAGCACCAAGAAAAAGUGGGAGAGAAGAUACAAACUGUAGCAAAAACUGCUGGAAUGCACCGUGAUGAAUGGAUUGAAAAUGCUGAUCGAUUGGUUGCCGGAUUUCUUGAGAUGUUUGAAGAGAGUUGCCACAAAAUGGGAACUGCAAUCAGAGACCGAAUUCAAGAACGCUUAAGGAGCCAACAUCAAAAUUAUCUUUUAUAUGAAGAUGAAGAUGAUGAUGAUGAAGAAGAAGAAGAAUUGUAUGACGAGGAUGAAUCUGAAGCAUACUACAGUUAGGAAAGUGACAAACAACCUUAAGUGUGUAUCAACGAAAACCAGAUAGUUGCCAGCUAAGUCUUACAAGUUAGAUGUCUGAACUGUCAGGUCCAGUCGCAUAUAAUUUGCUGUAACUAUUUUUUACUCUGAAUUCUAGACAAUCAAAAUUUGCUAUAUAGUAUUUUUUUAAGCUAAUCAAAUUAUUCAAGUUUCAAAAUUA